AGUGAUGCCGACUGCAGUGUGUGUAUAAUAGCAGCGAGGGCAGCAGCGGGAGUCUAGGAGAAGGUGCAGCAAGGUCGACAACAGCAUCCUGCCCGGAACGACACAAAGACCGGAGGUGGACGGGAUUUAGUCCAGUGGUCGAGCGAGUGAAAGUUACCGGGGGUAUUUUGGAUUUACUGCCGCGAAAGAAGAAGAAGGAGAGUGGCCGAAAGUUUCUAGACUGUAGCCUCAUUUUCCGAAGCAGCUAAAGAGCUAUCGUCCCCGCUCUCCGCUCGUCUCGGAGCUGCGGGCAGAGCACACGGACUUCCACACUUCCUCCAGUUAGUUUGUGGGCCAUAACGUGGCCUCACACUGUUUUCACGUACAUUUGUUUUUUUGUGUGUGUGCCAUGUCAGCGACUUCCUCCACAACGUCUGCUCCGACAGAGAAUGCCGCUCCGGAAAAUGAUUUUCUAGCUGCAGAUGGUGGGCUGAAGCCGCCCGGUCCGACGCCCAGCCAGAGCCGGUUCCAGGUAGACCUUGUGGCUGAGGCAGCGGGCGCCAAUGAAGACAAGUCUCCUAGCUCCGACGCCUCCACCACUGUCCCAUCCAGCGAUAAGGCCACUCCCGUCGCUCCUCCGGAGGCUCUGAGUGCUGAUCCAGGUGUCGGCGGAGAGGAAGCCAAAGGCCGGUUUCGGGUGGUGAAUUUCGCGGAUCCGAGCGCAGCGGGGAGCGCGGCCUCUCCGGAGGCGCCGCCGGCUGAGAGCCUGCAGAACGGGGACACUGUGAUGAGCGAGACCAGCUUGCAUUCGUCCACAGGAGGCCAGCAUCACUAUCACUAUGACACCCACACCAACACCUAUUACCUGAGGACUUUUGGCCACAACACCAUCGAUGCCGUGCCCAACAUAGAUUUUUAUCGGCAGACAUCAGCGCCGCUGGGGGAGAAACUGAUCAGACCCACCCUGUCGGAGCUGCACGACGAGUUGGACAAGGAGCCAUUUGAGGAUGGCUUUGCCAACGGGGACGAGCUGACCCCGGCCGAGGAGGCUGCUAAUAAAGAAGCAGCCGAGUCCAAAGGAGUGGUCAAGUUUGGCUGGAUCAAGGGGGUGCUGGUCCGCUGCAUGUUGAACAUCUGGGGUGUGAUGCUCUUCAUCCGCAUGUCAUGGAUCGUGGGUCAGGCUGGAAUUGCUCUCUCCUGUCUGAUCGUUGCCAUGGCCUCUGUAGUGACGACCAUCACCGGCCUCUCCACAUCUGCCAUCGCCACCAACGGAUUUGUGCGAGGAGGUGGAGCGUAUUACUUGAUUUCGAGGAGUCUGGGCCCAGAGUUCGGAGGCUCCAUCGGGCUGAUCUUUGCUUUCGCCAAUGCAGUGGCUGUAGCCAUGUAUGUGGUGGGCUUUGCUGAAACUGUUGUGGAACUUCUUGCUGGUGUAGAUCUCAUAAUGACGGAUCAAAUCAACGAUAUUCGCAUCAUCGGCACCAUCACGGUCAUCCUCCUGCUGGGCAUCUCUGUGGCAGGAAUGGAAUGGGAGGCCAAGGCCCAGAUAUUUUUGCUCGUUGUCCUCGUCACAGCCAUCUUCAACUACUUCAUCGGAACCUUCAUUCCUGUCCAGGCCAAGGAAUCUGUGGGCUUCUUUGGCUACAACGGUUUGAUCAUGUGGGAAAACAUGGGUCCUGACUUCCGAGGUGAGACCUUCUUUUCCGUCUUCUCCAUCUUCUUCCCUGCAGCCACUGGUAUUCUGGCUGGAGCCAACAUUUCAGGAGACCUUGCUGACCCACAGCUGGCCAUCCCCAGAGGAACCCUGCUGGCCAUAUUGAUCACGGGAAUAGUCUACCUGGGUGUUGCUGUUUCCACAGGCUCCUGUAUUGUGAGAGACGCCAGUGGAAAUGUGAACGACACCGUCAGUUCUCAGUUCAUGAUGAACUGCACAGAAGCUGCCUGCAAAUUCGGCUAUGAUUUCUCGACGUGCAGGGGCACAAAAGAGGGCUGCCCCUAUGGACUCCAUAAUGACUUCCAGGUGAUGAGCAUGGUUUCUGGGUUUGGGCCCGUCAUCACUGCUGGAAUCUUCUCUGCCACUCUGUCCUCUGCGCUGGCCUCUUUAGUCAGUGCACCCAAAGUUUUUCAGGCGCUAUGUAAGGACAACAUCUACCCCGGCCUGGGCAUGUUCGCCAAAGGCUACGGCAAGAACAACGAGCCCCUCCGCGGCUACAUCCUGACCUUUGUGAUCGCCCUGGCCUUCAUCCUCAUCGCUGAGCUGAACAUAAUUGCCCCCAUCAUCUCCAACUUUUUCUUGGCGUCCUAUGCCUUGAUCAACUUUUCUGUGUUCCAUGCCUCCCUGGCUAACUCACCAGGGUGGCGACCCAGCUUCAAAUACUACAACAUGUGGGUUUCUCUGGCUGGAGCCGUGCUGUGCUGUGGGGUGAUGUUUGUCAUCAACUGGUGGGCCGCGCUCCUCACCAACGCCAUUGUUCUGGGCCUUUUUAUCUACGUCAGCUACAAGAAGCCAGAUGUGAACUGGGGCUCGUCGACCCAGGCUCUGACCUACCACCAGGCCCUGACCCACACUCUGCACCUCAGCGGCGUGGAGGACCACAUCAAGAAUUUCAGACCCCAGUGCUUGGUGAUGACAGGUUACCCCAACUCUCGGCCAGCUCUCCUGGAUCUGGUCAACAGCUUCACCAAGAACGUCGGCCUGAUGAUCUGUGGUCAUAUUCGCACGGGCUACAGACGGCCAAACUUCAAAGACCUGAGCACGGACCAGGCCCGGUACCAGCGCUGGCUGCUGAAGAAUGAAACCAAGGCCUUCUACACACCGGUGUACGCCGAGGACAUGAGGCAGGGGACACAGUACCUGCUGCAGGCUGCCGGCCUGGGUCGCCUCAAGCCCAACACCCUGGUGCUGGGCUUCAAGAACGACUGGAGGGACGGCGACAUGAUGAACGUGGAGACUUACAUCAGCAUGAUCCACGAUUCCUUUGACUUCCAGUUUGGUGCUGUUAUUCUGCGACUCAAAGAGGGACUGGAUGUGUCUCAUAUCCAAGGACAAGAUGACUUGCUGUCCUCCCAGGAGAAGUCCUCGGGGAUGAAAGAUGUGAUAGUGUCCAUAGACACCAGCAAAGACUCUGACGCAGAUUCCUCCAAGCUGUCAUCUAAGGCCACCAGCCUCCAGAACAGUCCGGCUGUGCACAAAGAUGACGACGAUGAUGGCAAAGCUACGACUCAGCCCCUGUUGAGAAAAGAAAAGAGGAGCCCGACUCUACCACUGAAUGGGUCAGACCAGAGGCUGCUGGAGGCCAGCCAGCAGUUCCAGAAGAAACAAGGGAAGGGCACAGUGGACGUCUGGUGGCUGUUUGAUGACGGAGGUCUGACCCUGCUCAUCCCCUACCUGCUGACCAACAAGAAGAGGUGGAAGGACUGCAAGAUCCGGGUCUUCAUCGGAGGCAAGAUCAACAGGAUCGAUCAUGACCGCAGAGCGAUGGCCACUCUACUCAGCAAGUUCAGGAUAGACUUCUCGGACAUCAACGUGUUGGGAGACAUCAACACCAAGCCUAAGAAGGAGCACGUGUUGGCCUUUGAGGAGAUGAUCGAGCCGUAUCGGCUGAAGGAAGACGACAUGGAGCAGGACGCGGCGGAGGCGCUGAAGGACAGCGAGCCCUGGAGGAUCACCGACAACGAGCUGGAGCUGUACCGCGCCAAGACUAAUCGUCAGAUCAGACUCAACGAGCUUCUGAAGGAGCACUCAAGCACCGCCAACCUCAUUGUCAUGAGUCUGCCGCUGGCCAGGAAGGGUGCCGUGUCCAGCGCUCUGUACAUGGCCUGGCUGGAGGCCUUGUCCCGGGACCUGCCUCCCAUCCUCCUGGUGCGCGGAAACCACCAGAGUGUCCUCACCUUCUACUCUUAAACACACACGGAGAACAAAACAAAUCCACCUUUUUAAAGUCUCACAUCUACUUCUGCCUGUGGAGCAGAGCCACAUCCACAUCCCAGUUCCAGUCCGAAGCUACCGGUGCACCACACACACUCCAGAGACACUGAUGGAAACAAUGCCGCUAAUAUGAAUGAAGAUGAAGGAAGUGAGAAUGGUCGAGAUGUGUAGAAGCCCUAAGGUGAUGGAGGAAUGUCAGGGUUGCCCACUCUGCUCCUUUCUCUCUAUUUAUUCCAAGAUGUCUGGGCUUUGCUCUUGUAGCUUUAGUUUCUUCUAAUUUCCUCAUGAAACUUUCAUUUUUGUCAAGUUGAUUUCUCUCAGGCUCCAAAGCAGUCGUGCACCAUGUUCACGUUGUUCUCAUGAUAUGGAAUAUCCUGAUGUCAUACUUGUUAAGUUAAUUGGACCAGUUGUUUUGUUCGUGAUGCAGCAAUAAUCACCCUAAUAAAUGUUGGGAGAGAACCAUGCAGAAUGCUUUGCAACACCUUCUAAAGCCUUAUGGAUGUGCCUUCCAGUUGAAUCAGAUAAAACAAUUAUAAUCUCUAUCCAGAUUGACAAUAUUACCUAUUAUAUUAGUGGAUAAUAGUUAGCUUUAUUGAGUUUUAAAUGUAAUUCCUUCUUAGAUGGAGCAUUGUAUUUAUUCGAGUGGAUUGCUUGUAUUUAAUGAAGGGUGUCCACUUGAUUGCAUGAAGACUUUCUCUGUCAUUUCUUUCUCUUUUACCCUAAUCGAUAUGUUUAUUUUGGACCAUUGCCUUUUUAUUUUUUAUUCACUUUGGAGUCUUCCUUUUUUAAGCUGUUGAAUAUUUACGAUAGCCUCAGCUACGCGACACAAGACACAUUUAGUUUUUAGGCCCAGUGCCUGAAAGUGUUUUUAUGGUUCUUGUUUUGUUAGAAAAGAUGUGAAGCUAGUUUUCCAUUAGCCUUGUCCAAUGUAGCUGCUGAUGACUAAAUGAAGUUUUUCAACAACGAUUGUGUUUCUGUGUCCACAUGUCCCGUUCUUCCCCUGAAGAGAAACUGCUCCACCCAAUGAGCUAGCUGAAACCUUGCCUUAAUGCUAGAACUAACGAUUGUCAAAAGUUCCUUCUCUCUUAUAAGCCAUACUGGCUGGGUGGUUUCUGGGUAAAUGCAGAUAGCAAUCCAUUGGUUCCAUGUUCUGUUUCAACACAAUUUAAUGUAUAUGCAUCUUAAUUUUUCUUCCCAUAGUCCACCUACAUCAGUCUGUUCCGUUGCUUACUGUAGGCCUGCAGGUUGCUGGGGAGGUAGAGUUAGUGGCCCAGUAGACUGGCUGCUUGUUAGACCACUGGUCUCCAUUCCUACACAGCCUAGAUGGAACGAGAGAGUGAAGGACACAAGCUUCAUGCUGAAAGACUUGCUGGCAGGAAGAAUGUGAUAUUAGUGUUGAGGCUGAGUGAAGAAAUACCUCUAUGCAUGUGAGCUUGUGUUGCGUAGGUACGUGUAAUAAAAGUCCAUGUUAAAGGAA